ACAGCGUCUACUUACGGUAACGGUCUUGUAACGGUUUUGAUUGUGAGUGCCGUGUUUAUCCGUAUUAAUCCGUCUUAAAAAUGUAUAACAAGUAUAAUUUUAUCGGGAGUGUCGAUUACAGUGACGGGCGAUUGUUAGAAUGUAUUAUUUUUACCGCGAGUGCUCGUGAUAACAGUGUCUGGUCGUCGAUCGUAGCUGGCUCUACACAAACAUAUCCAAUAUAAAUCCGGUAUAGCGAAACGUGUAUUUAGAUAGGGUACAACGAUUGGGACAAAGUUACUCCGGAGACCGCCGCUUGCUAGUUAAGUGUUUAUGGUUACCCAUGCAACGUGGAAGGAACGAGAAAGCAAAUGCGACUUUCAGCGCUAAUCGAACGAUAGUCGUGAUUCAGGACUGAUGAUGUUAGAAGGGGAAUAGUAGCGCAAGAAAACGUAAAGCAUUCGUGCGAAAAAAUUUCAUGACAAACAUCCGCUGCCUCACUUUAUUUUCUUAUAUCUUAACAAUAUCGUGAGACGUGGAUGCAACAUCUCCGCGGACACGGUGCAUUUCACGCCGACUUGACAAAGAACAACAGGAAGCAACGGGAGGGGUCAACGACCGAUGAUGUGCUUAAGGGUGAAUCUGACUGCCAAAGCCGAGGUGUUCCGCGCGAUUAAGCAGUACGGAUGCGCUGACACGUUCCUGGUGGUGUCGAACCCCUUAAAGGGAGGCGCGCGAACUCCGCUGCAUCGCGGAACUGGAGGGGACGCCUUUAGUAGGACGUGGCUCGCAUAAUGUAUCUUUCGGCCGGCUAUAUACAGUCCUGUUUCACUGGCGCGCCGGCCGCGUGCUCGGAACCGUCGACGCCGGAUCGCCGAUCGAUCCUUCCGGCUGCACGGAUCAAGCCGAUCGCUUCCAGUCGGCGAUCAUCCUCGGCGCGGUCCGUAAUACUAGAAACUGUGCUGCAGUGAUACACUCGCAGUAAUCUCUGGCAAUUAUCUUCGGAGAUAAUGGUCCUAGUUGCGACCGAAGAUUUACUCGACCAGAAUCGACACUAAUCAACGAACUCUAAGUGAUCAGUCUCGAUCGAUGGCGAAUCUGCAUAUUGCAGACGAUCAAGCUGAUGAAAAACGGAUUUGAGCUUAAUAUGAUGUAUGAAUAGGAAGAAUUGUUGAAGAUUAAAAAAGCGAUAUCAUGCUCCGGUAGAGACGCAUAUUCAAUCAACAGAAGAAGAAGGAGACAAAAAACAUGAAAGAAAAAUCGAUAAUCUCGACAAGCAGCGUCGCAUUGUGAUCCUUCUACAUGUGAUAAAACUCGAUGACGGGAAAAAUGGUGUUCGAUCCGGCCUGCGAGGAGCAGAGGAAGCAAUUCUUCAAGCAAGGCUAUGGCGCUCAUUUACCCGGGUACACGGGUCACUGCCCUACGCUCAAAUUUCGCGUUGGGAAAAGAUUCGGAGCGAGUACGGAAGAAAUAAUGAAGGAAUUAUUGGAAAAAAAAAUUCUUAAGACUGGACCAUAUAGGCCAAAUUCUGGUAGAGAAGUUGAGUUAUCGAAUUCUCAGGACAAGGAGAUUAAAAGAGACUGGAAUAACGAGACAAGAUUGUACAAGGCGCCUCCUCCCUACAUUCUAGGAUAUACCGGAUAUAUUCCUGGCUUCAGCAGCAGGUACGGUCUACCUUUCAUGAAGGCCGUGGAAGCCGGUGCCAAAGAAUGGCACGAGGCGCAAAUAAAACUGAGAGCACGGCGGGAUGCAAUGAGAGCCCAUGCCGAACGGACGGAUCCGCGAAAUCUUCUCUCUCGGGCGAGGACGGACAAUGUGGACGUCGAGAUCGAUCACGGUCAUGACAGAGACAGAAGGACCUUCGAUUAUCAUGUCUCUCCGGAAAGACCGCCGAUCGUCGGCUAUACGGGCCACAUUCCAGGCGCGAGAGGAGAAGUUGCGCUUUCCAAGAGGUACGCUCAAGCCGCCAAAAAAGGAUUAGAGCGCGUGCAAAGGGAACGUGAAGAAAGGCUUAAUAGGACUAAAGACAUGCACGCUGUGCAGAGAGUCCUCGACAAUGCGUAUCUCGACGAUACGGGACACACGCGCGCAUAAGAUGACAUGAGACGACGUGAAAGUUACAGAUACGAGUAGAAUUUGCUGUUUUCUAAUUUUCGGACAUAAAUAAUUUUCCGUACUACUCAGAUGUCGCAGAGAACGGAAA